UCGAUGAGGCAUCAGUUCUACGAAGCAGUCAAUCAAUCUUCUAAGUUCAGUUAAAGCUUGUAGCUAACCCAAAAAAUCAGAAAAAAUGAAACUUACUCUGGUGUUGCUCGUUGUUGGCCUGUGCUGUGCCGUGUACGCUCAGGAUGCUGCUAAGGAUGCCGCCAAGGAUGCUGCCGAUAAGGCGAAAACAGAUCUUCCGGAUAAGGUGGACGCCACUACGCCAGACCCCAAGGAUGCCACCAAGAAGGCCGAUGAUGCUGCGGCCAAGGCUAAGGAUGCUGGAGCCAAGGUGAAGGAUGCUGCUGCCGGAGUCGGAAAGAAGUUAACCGAUGGACUGAAGCUGUGAGUGAGCUAUGGGCUAACAGUCGUCGAUAAGUGAUAAGUGGAUAACGAAAACAGCGAAAAUAAAUGAUGUCACUUCAUUUCCAAAA